AGCAGUCGAAUUGCAGAGCGAUUGAGACAGAGAGAUAUAUUUUUACAGAAUGUUGUUUGCCUAUGACUAAUGGAAACUGUUUUGAAUAAGAGUCUAGAUCUAGAUCUAUUGAUUUCUGCAUCCUUCGACAUCACUCAGUUUUGUUGUAGACUUGUAGUUUGUCACUCUAGAUCGAGAAGAUAAUCUAGAAUCUAGGCUAAUCUAGCCUAGGCUACAUGCAGGAACCUUUGCUUUGACUUUGUGCCCGCCUUGUGAAAAACGACGUGUUGAAGCCAAGUCAUCCACUUCACAAGAAAGUCUCAAAGUCAAAAUAAUAGGCCUAGGCUCCUACUUUGAUAAAGUGUAUUGUUGUUAGGAGAUGGAAGCAUCACCAUUCCAAACAAAGGAAAACUAUGGUUCUAAUCCAAAGUCGACUCGGGGCUGUUUGAACUUCUACAUAUUGCCCUGCAGCAAAGCUUUAGGCAGAAUGUUAAAUUCUGCGAUUGAGAAAUGGAAAGGAAUUCGAAAGCCGAGAUCAAGAAAUAUUGGUCACAUUUGAGCUCUGCUGGUGUUCGUGAUUCACGUCUAGCCCAUCUGCUAUAAUGAACUUCAUUUGUUCUAAGACGAUGUCUUGCACUUGCAUGCCUUAUAAUGUGUCUUUUUUAUGCAGCGAAGAGUAGAUCUUGAUCGGAUUAGUUCUCUGCUUACUGCUUAAUUAAUGUAAGCCUCUACAAGCUGAUAAAGUUAAAAUGGCAUUUUCUGCUUGGCAAAUAGUUUUAAUAUCAUCAGUUGUGAUUGGACUUGUAUCGUUUUCCGUUUUGCAUUUCAAACAACCUAAGUCAGGAAUGUUGCUUUUGAAGGAUUCUGUAUGUGUGAAGGCAGCUGUUAAUGCUCGGCAUUCCAAAUUACAUUCUUCUUUUACAUUGGACUUUAACGAUAUUUUGACCAUUAGAGCUCAAAAUACAAAGAAAUAUGCUUACCCAUACAACUUGAAUGGGGUGGACAAAAGGAGUAAUUUGUCUCAGAAAGAAUUCCUGGAUGUUUAUGACGGAAAAUGGCCCGUGAUCAUUACAGAUGUUGUACCUUCAUGGCCUGCCACUAACUGGACAACCCAGUAUUUUCUACAAAAUUAUGGGGAAGAGCAAGUUGUCAUGAAAGCUACCACUGGUAAAAGGAUUGAAACUCUUGCCCUUCCCUUGCGCUCGUACCUGUCGCACAUCACAGAGAGCUCGCCAGCUUCUUGGACGUAUCUACAGGAUGAACUUUUUUUACUUCAACGACCAGAGCUUAGGAGACAAAUUCUUAAAUCGGUGUACACAGAAAGCAACUUGUUUGAUUUGUUCCCACCGGCCGUACAACCCUGGGAUUGUAUGUUGCUGUGGGGCACUGCAUACUCUCGCUCCACCUUGCACAUUGACCCCUACAACUGGACAGGCACCAAUGCGGUCAUCUUUGGACACAAGAAAUGGAAGCUUAUUCCACCUGGACAGGACAAGUUUCUGUCCAUCAGCCCAGACCAGGUCUGUGGCUUCCCCCUGGAUUGUCAAAAGUACAAUAGCCAUAUUGAUGCCUUCAACCCAUCAGAAGAUGAGAAGAAGUUGUUGCAGAAAGUCAACAUUUUGGAAGUGGAGCAAGGACCUGGAGAGAUGCUUUUUAUUCCCACAGGGUGGUUCCACCAGGCAUACAAUGUGGUGCCCACUCUGGCUGUCUCAGGUCAACUGAUGAAUGAGAACAACUAUCUAUCCGUGCUGGAGGAAAUCCUGAAAGGUGGUAGUGUGAGGAGACAACAACUGCCCCAAGAUGUUGCCCAGAUGUCUUCGUACGACUUGGUAAAGGCUGUGAUGUCCAGUCUAUCGGAGGAGGUUCUCCGUAGAGGAGCACAGGUGACCAGAGACACCCUGGACCAAAUGGCUUUUAACAGAGACCCCUUGGAGAAAUGAUACACCAACUCUUAUUUCCUCCCAUUAACAGGUCCCCUUCAGGUGAAAUUAGGCAGUUUUACUACCUUCAAUUAGCUCAUUGACCUGUGAAAUGAUUUCCAUGGUUUGAUGGAAUUGAUUUCUUUUAUUUUCUCAAGAGCAUGUCAUGUUUGAAAUGAGUGCCGAUGGCUUAUUUGUGAUACAAACAUUCAAUUGUAAUGUCAAAAUAGCCAUUUAGUUUCUUGAGAUUUGCCAUGAUGCAUGCCCUGAAAUCUUAGAAAAGGGAGAAAAUCCUCUGAAUAUAUCAAACAUACAUUUUUUUAAAAUUCAUCAGAAAAAAAGGGGUUUUUUUAAAAUACGACAUGCAAAAAAUACUGCUUCCAGUGAGCCAGUUUUCGUUGCAGUGUAAUUUGGGCAAGUUAUUUUUUUCUCCUAUUAUGUUGUGACUAUCAAAUUUUUGUUUGCUUCCCAUCUGUUUUGUCAAAUUAAAAAAUAACCGAA